AGGCUGAGGUGGCCGAGUUCCGGCCCAAGGCACCGGGGCGCCGGGACGGCGAGGAUGUCGGCUUCGUUAGUCCGGGCCACUGUCCGGGCUGUGAGCAAGAGGAAGCUGCAGCCCACUCGGGCCGCCCUCACCCUGACACCUUCAGCAGUAAACAAGAUAAAACAGCUUCUUAAAGAUAAGCCUGAACACGUAGGUCUGAAAGUUGGUGUCCGAACCAGGGGUUGUAAUGGCCUUUCUUAUACUCUAGAAUAUACAAAGACAAAAGGAGAUUCUGAUGAAGAAGUUGUUCAAGACGGAGUCAGAGUGUUCAUCGAGAAGAAAGCACAACUGACACUUUUAGGAACAGAAAUGGACUAUGUUGAAGAUAAGUUAUCCAGUGAGUUUGUUUUCAAUAACCCAAACAUCAAAGGAACGUGUGGCUGUGGAGAAAGCUUUAAUAUUUGACUGCUCUGGCUGUGAGCUCCGGGAACACUCAUGGAAGUCCUAGGGCUUACUGAAGAAAUGAUGUGACUGUCGCGUGCUGAAAGGUUAUAAUGUAUGACUGCCUUAUGAGGAAAAUAAAAUGAUGCAUUUUGAAAGUGAAGCCAGUGUAUUAGAUUCCUAAAGAAGUGAUAUUUGUAUUAUUUUUAAAGGCAGAAAAUGAGAAGCCAUUACUCUCUUUGAGUCAUUUUCCUGAUCUGUAAAGAAAAAAAAUCCUAUCCUGCA